AUGCAGAGCCAGGUCGGGCCGACUGAACAAAGCUGGGGGGCAGGGGUCCUGGUCCUGGGCAAGACAGACAAGCCCCCUGCCGAGCUUCUGCUCUUUAUGUCUCUUCGCCUGAAAUCCAGCACAGGCAACGUGCUCGUCCUGGGGCAGGGAGUCUCAUCGCCCCUGCAUCAUAAGGAGGUCCUUGUCCAGAACACAGGUGGCCUGGUCUUGGGCCACGUGGUCACCCCUCUGCAGGCUUCAUGCUCCUCAGCUGUAAAGGAGGCCAGGACCCCCUGCUUGAAGGAGGCGACAGUCGGAGACCCCGCCCCCACUUCUAGGCCCCCGCAGUUCCAUGAUGCGAAAAGACGCAUGCUGGGUGCUGGUGACCCACAUGAAGAAGACAAGGCGCCAGACCUCAAGAAGCCCACAGACUGGAGGGAGGAUGUGAGACAGAUCCGUGCAAGCCAGGACACCAUCCGCGAGCUCACCGGCAAGCUGGGCCGCUGCGAGAGCGGCCUGCCGCGCGGCCUCCAGGAUGCCGGGCCCCGCCGAGACACCAUGGCCGACGGGCCCUAUGACUCGCCCGCGCUCAUCCUCGAGCUGGAGGACGCGGCCCGCGCCCUCCGGGACCGCAUCGACCGCCUGGAGCAGGAGCUCCCGGCCCGUGUGAACUUCUCAGCAGCCCCAGCCCCGGCGCCCGUGGUGCCCACCGCCCUGCACUCCAAGAUGGAUGAACUGGAGGGGCAGCUGCUGGCCAAGGUGCUGGCCCUGGAGAAGGAGCGUGCAGCCCUGAGUCACAGCAGCCACCAGCAGCAGCAGGAGGUGGAGAAGGAGCUGGGCGCCCUGCAGGGCCGCGUGACCGAGCUAGAGCACGGGCCCUCAGCCUACAGCCCCCCGGAUGCCUUCAAGAUCAGCAUCCCCAUCCGCAACAACUACAUGUACGCCCGCGUGCGGAAGGCGCUGCCCGAGCUCUACGCCUUCACCGCCUGCAUGUGGCUGCGCUCCAGGUUGAACGGCCCCGGCCAGGGCACCCCGUUCUCCUACUCGGUGCCCGGGCAGGCCAAUGAGAUCGUGCUGCUGGAGGCCGGCCAGGACCCCAUGGAGCUGCUGAUCAAUGACAAGGUGGCCCAGCUGCCCCUGAGCCUGAAGGACAAAGGCUGGCACCACAUCUGCAUCGCCUGGACCACACGGGAUGGCCUAUGGUCUGCCUACCAGGACGGGGAGCUGCAGGGCUCCGGCGAGAACCUGGCAGCCUGGCAUCCCAUCAAGCCUCAUGGCAUCCUUAUCCUGGGCCAGGAGCAGGAUACCCUGGGUGGCCGGUUUGAUGCCACCCAGGCCUUCGUUGGUGACAUCGCUCAGUUUAACCUGUGGGACCACGCCCUGACACCCACCCAGGUCCUGGGCAUUGCCAACUGUACUGCACCGCUGCUGGGCAACGUGGUCCCCUGGGAAGACAAGCUGGUGGAGGCCUUUGGGGGUGCAACAAAGGCCACCUUCGAUGUCUGCAAGGGGAGGGCCAAGGCAUGAGGGGCCACCUCAUCUGGACCCCUCCC